CCCAACAAAAAACCUUUUCCCAUUGCUUAAAAUCUUGCGUUUUCAACCAGGAGAAACUUUCAAACCUUUUUUUACUUCUUUAUUUUCUUAUAUGGUGCGUUUUCCAUCGGUACUUUUUUAGAGUUUCUCCGUCUUCGACGAGUAGACUAAUCUUCUGCGAGAAUUUACACGAGUACUUUAGAAGGUAGUAUUCCUUUUAGUUGGAAUUUUUUUCAUAUCCAAUGCUCGAACCCGAAACCUUGGCUUAGGAGUUAAGAGCGAGAGGUCCUUCACCACUCACGCCAACCUGUUUUCGAUCUGUAUUUUGACUCCUUCACUUCCCUCAACAGUGGGAUCGCUCGUACGGUCGCAGUCUCGCAAAGUGGCGCCAACAACAGCCUGAUUAAAAUGGCACUGGUACAAAGAUUUGCACCCAUUUCUAAAGCUUCUUCUUUAUUUCCUGCUUUUCACUUUCAUUUAUACUACCCAAAUUAUUCUCAAAAUCAUGCUGUAUCUAAAAUUGAGGACCCUCAAAUGUUCCUCAUGUAUGUGAAACAAAAAUGCAAAUCAGGGUUUUACAGAAUUGAUCACGUUCAUACAAUCUUCCAUGGAUUGAUAUCAUUGUACCCUCUGCCUUCUAUAAGUGAUUUUACUCAGCUAUUUACUGCAAUGUUGAAGAUAAAACCUAACCCCCCUUUUUCCACUGUUAUUUCUCUCUCUACGCAGCUGCAUUUGUUAGGUGUUCGUCCAGAUCAUUAUCUGCUUAACAUUCUAGCUAAUUGCUACUGUCAUUUGGGCAAUGUUGAUGCCGGGUUUUCGAUUCUCGCUUCCAUAAUUAAGCUUGGCUAUCAACCUGAUAUUGUCACCUUCACUACCCUUAUCAAUGGUCUCAAUGAUACUCAUCACUCUGACCAAGCUGUUCAAUUAUUGGAUAAAAUUGUCAAGUUUGGAUUUCAACCCACAUUAAUCACUUAUGAUGUCAUUGUAAAAGGUCUCUGCAAGACUGGCAAUAUUGCUGGUGCUCUUAAAAUCCUAAGAGAUAUGGAAUCUCAUGCCCAUUAUUGUAGGCCUAAUGUUGUCACUUAUAACACCAUCAUUGAUAGUCUUUGUAAAGUACAGUUAUUACAUCAGGCCCUCAUAUUAUUUGCCGAGAUGAAAAGAAAGCACAUUUCACCUAAUGUCAUCACUUACACUUCCAUAAUUCAAGGUAUGUCCACUUUGGGACGUUGUAAAGAGGCUCAGGAGUUGUUCAGUGAGAUGUUGCGGAACAACACAACUCCUACUGUUGAGACCUACAACAUAUUGAUUAACAUGUAUUGUAAGGAUGGCAAGGUUGGUCAAGCACGGGAUAUAUUUGAAUCUGUUGUGGCUACUAGAGGUGUGGUUCCUGAUGUUGUGACUUUCGCCACCUUGAUCAACGGGUAUUGUAAGGAAGGAAUGGUUUAUGAAGCACGGGCCACAUUUGACUCCAUGAUUAAGAUAGGUCUGGCUCCUGAUGUUGUGACUUUCAACACCUUGAUCAAUGGGUAUUGUAAGGAAGGAAUGGUUUAUGAAGCAAGGGCUACAUUUGACUCCAUGGUUAAGAAAGGUCUGGUUCCUGAUAACAUCACUUACAAUGUAUUGUUGGAUGGAUAUUGUUUACAUGGCCAGAUGGAUGAGGCAGAAAAAUUAGUGGAUUUGAUGGUAAAUCAUGGUUGCGAACCCAGUCUUGUGAAUUUCACCACCUUAAUCAAUGGAUAUUGCAAGUGUAAACAACUUCAGAAAGCUCUUUACCUUUUCCAAGAGAUGUGCCUUGAAGGAUUAACUCCUGAUGUAAUCGCGUAUAACACUCUUAUUGAUGCCUUGUGCAAGGACAAUAGACUCACUUCUGCAUACCAGCUUCUCAAGGAGAUGAUAGGUCAGAGACUAAAACCUGAUGUAAUCACUUGGAAUUCAUUGCUGGAUGGUCUGUGUAAAAGUGCACAAAUUGAAGAGGCGAUAACACUAGUAAGAGAAAUGGAGUACAAUGGAGUGGUCCCUAAUAUUAUCACAUACAGUAUCCUCAUUAACGGCUUGUGUGAAGCUGGGCGAAUUGGAGAAGCUGUGGAUACUUUCCAUUCUCUGCCAGCUAAGUGCUUAACGCCGAAUGUGAUCACUUAUAGUCUAAUUAUCAAAGGACUUUGUAAAGAUGGCUUACUGGAUGAAGCCACUACAUUUCUAAGGAGAAUGGAGGACAAUGGAUGCCCUCCUAACCAAUGCACCUACAAUACCAUUAUUAGAGGUUUUCUCCGUGGCAAGGAUAUCCGCAAGGCUUUGGAACUAGUCCGCACUAUGAGAAGCAAAAGUUUAGAUGUUGAUGCUCACACAACUUCUUUGUUUCGUAGCUUACUCACUGAUCUUGCUGUUAGCAAUUCAGACAAGACUUUACUUCAGAACUUUUUCAAGAUUUGAGUAUUGAGUAUUUGGCCUCUUAUGAUUUGAAUUUCUUUUUCUUGUAACGUUUAAGCAGAUUUGCAGUGAGUAUUAUCUUUACAGUCGAAAUGCAUUGAUGUAUGUUCCA